UAUCAAGUUUGUCCCUUUUUAUAUAGCACAGAAACAUUCAUUUCUCACAACAACAAUUAAUUCUCUCUCUAUUUUUUUCUAUAUUGCACUAAAUCACACAACUCUAGUAAUAGUAUUCAUCAAAAACACAAAAAUUCUUAAUAUAAAUAAACUUUGAGUUUAUUGUUUCAAGACAAACACACUCACAAAAUAGAAAAAGAGAAAGAAAAUGGGUAGAGGAAGAAUUGAAUUGAAGAGGAUAGAGAACAAAAUUAACCGGCAAGUAACUUUCUCAAAAAGAAGAAAUGGUUUGCUCAAGAAAGCUUAUGAAUUAUCUGUUCUAUGUGAUGCUGAAGUUGCUCUUAUCAUUUUCUCUAGCCGUGGCAAACUCUAUGAAUUUGGAAGUGUUGGGACUUCCAAAACUAUUGAGCGAUACCAACGGUGCUCAUUUAAUCCACAACAAGAUGACCACCAAAUCGAUUGUGAAACACAGAGUUGGUACCAAGAGGUGUCUAAGCUGAAGGUUAAGUAUGAGGCUCUUCAAAAGACUCAGAGGCAGUUGCUUGGGGAAGAUCUUGGACCUUUGAACAUAAAGGAGCUGCAUAAUCUUGAGAAACAACUUGAAGGUGCUUUAGCACAAGCUAGGCAAAGAAAGACACAAAUUAUGGUUGAACAGAUGGAAGAGCUUCGCAAAAGGGAAUGCCAUUUAGGAGACAUGAACAAACAACUAAGACUCAAGCUUGAAAGCGAGGGAUUUAAUCUUAAAGCUAUGGGAAGCUUGUGGAGUUCUAAUUCAAUUGCUGGAAAUAGCAACUUUACCUUUCAGCCACCUCAAACCAACCCUAUGACUAUGAAUAUGGAUAUUCAAGCAGAACCCUUUUUGCAAAUAGGAUACCAACAGUAUGUUCAAGCUGAGGCAUCUAAUGUUUCAAAGAGCAUGGCUUGUGAGACUAACUUCAUGCAUGGAUGGAUCCUUUGAUAAAUUGAAUUAAUCAAGUAUAAGAUUUACCUACUGUUUAUAUGCCUUUAAGAUUUAUGUUUUGGCAAUAAUUAUUAUCAACACAAGAUUGUAUCUUUGUGGAAUGGCAAACUGCAGACUCCUAUAGUAUAUUUUUGUAAUUGGAUACAAAUAUAGAUAAUCGUCCUUUACUUAUAUUUAAAAUAAUAUUUUUUGUUUGUUGGA